AUGGCCAUACCCAUAUCUGCGACUCUCACUCCAACUUCUUCCACCCUUGUCAUAACACCCAAGCCAUUCACACCCACCACAUACGCCCGCUAUGGCACAUGCGUUACCUCACCUCUUGAAUCCGACCUACAGUCACAUCCCUCCGACAUUCCACAACCCCGCUAUCCCGAGCAGAUGGCACCAGAGUCGGCCAAUCAACGCUCGGCCCUCAAAUCACCAACCAUCUCUACCCUCACCAACAACUACGCCUCUUCAACUUCUCCUUCCACCGUCAGGCCGAGCAUGUCGCUCUUCUGCUCCUUUCCCCGCAAACCGACCGCUGCCUUUCCUGUCACGCACAUCGAGCGCCACCCCUACACGAGCCAGACCUUCGUCCCCACCGGCCUGGCGAACUCAGAGGACACGUUCUAUCUCGUUGUCUCUGCGCCGACGCUGGAGGGUCAGGUCCGAGACGGCAUCAGAAACCCACCAGAUCUGGACCGGAUGGAGGCCUUUGUUGCGCGAGGCGACCAGGCGGUCACGUAUGCGGCGGGAACGUGGCACAGCCCCAUGAUUGUCGUUGGGACGAGGAGGGUGGACUUUGUGGUGUAUCAAUGGGUCAACGGGGUGGUGGGGGAUGACUGUGAGCUAUGUCAGGUUGGGGGUGAGGCCAGUGUGGACUUAAGCAAGGUGACUGGGGGAGCGAAGGAGAAAGCUAAGCUAUGA